AUGAAUAUAGAUAAUAAUAAUAGUAAUAAUAGAAGUACUUUAGUAAUACUACAAGUAUUUCGUAAUAACUUUUUAUUAAAGGAAAUAUUUGGUAGAGUUAGAAAAGAUGAGAUUAGAUUGUUUGGUGCAAGAGUACCUGUUUGCAAGGUAGUCAAUCGUAGUGGUAUUGAAUGUUUACCAAAGAGAUAUACUCAAUUAGUCAAUGACUUGAAAUGGGUCAUUGAGAAUAGAUACUAUGCUCUGCUACUAGAUAUAUUUCAAACCACCGUCAAUACUACUGGCACAAUGACACCCGAUCAAAUGGCUGCUACCUCUGCAAUAGAGGAUAUCGCCGUGAUGGAGUUGUUACUAGUCAAAUACAAACACCACUUUAUCAACUACUUUUUCGCAGAGUCGUCAUUCUCAUCGUCACCAUUGAUCGAACGGAUCAUUGCGUAUUUGGAUGGAAUAGUACGGUCUCAGAGUAAAGGUGAAGAAAUAUGGAAUUUGGUGCUGGGAUUUAUCGAUCGACAUUAUGGAGAGGGUAUGUCGUUUUGGGGUAAAGCACAAUCUUUGGUGUCAUCAGGCCGAAGUAAUCCGUCAGUUCUUCAAAGUAAACUGUUGCUCGACCACACAUCGACAAACAAUACAAAUGACAUUUACAAUGUAUUUAAAAGAGCAAUAUUCCAUAACAAAAAGGGUGUAUUGGUAGAUAUACUGGAAAAGGUUGGUGUCAAGACACUUACAACAUAUUUACAAACUCAUCGUCCAUGGAAUAUCGAUCCAGACAUAUCACCGUCGGCAUUGGAAUACUUGUAUCGCAAUUUUCAAAUGUCCUCUUCCUCCUCCUCGACUAAAUUACCCUUUAUAUUUAUAUUUGCACAUCCAACCAUUGCAUGUUAUCUGACACACAACAUUGAUAUUAUCAACCACCACAACCAACAAGAGAAAAAGGAACAGGGUAUCCUCACCAGUGAUUUCUACCGAUACAUCAAAGCCGCUGUUUCAAUUGGAAAAAGUCCUACAUUGGAACCUGCCUAUGAACAAAUACACGAUUGUUGUCAUUCAUUACUUGCAACCAAAAAGUAUCCAUUCGAUGCCGACGUGAUUGGUCAGACUAUCGAAUCACUACUUCCAGUCUCAGAGGAAGUGAACAAAUCGAUUAAAUACUAUAAACUUUGGGUAUAUGAAAUGUAUCAUCUACUCUACACUCAUUUGGGAUAUAUUGCUAGAAACGCUGUCUCUUCUAAAAAUAUGAUUACACUACUCCAAGACAACAAUAACGACCGUGUCUACCAAUACCUCUUGUCACGUGCAGGUUUUGGCUAUGUGUGCAGCUAUGGAACAUUGGAGCAGGUACAGGGGUGUCAUCUACUUCAAAACGAUAGUAUCGCGCCAGGUGCACUAGACAAAUCCAUCAAUUUAAAGUCAUUUGAUUUACAGGUCAUCAAAUACCUCUUUCCAAUCAUUAGACAACACCAAAAAUCCAACUCUAUAUUCUUUAUAGAGCUUGAAACGACCGAGCAGGCAAUCAGUAACGCUAUCUUUGUCGAGCGUUGGGAUAUUAUCGAAUAUCUAAUCAUAGAAGAGAAUGCCCCCUAUAUGAAGCACGCCAAUUUGGUCUUUUCAGCUCUCGUUGCAGGUCGGUUUGAAUUGGCCAACUUCUUGGUUGCAAGGAAUAGUAAUAUUGAUGAUCACGUAUCUCAUAUUCCAGUAAACUCUAAAGAGAUGAUAUCAUACUAUCCACGAGACGCUUACUUUAAACCUACACUUGGUACAAACAAAGAGAAAAACUAUACUCUUGUUCGAUGCAUUAUGGAACGAUACAAUGCACGGGUAGUAGACGAUCAACAUUUACAGGUUACCUCGAAAUCUAUUUACUUUUCAGAAUAUUCACCUCUACCUAAUUGCUAUAGUAUAUUACUAGAUGAAGCUGUAUUACAAGGUGAUUUCGAUAUAUUCAUCUAUCUAUACGAUCUAUUUAACAAAUCGUACAUUGUCAAUAUGGAUAGUCUAAUUGAAAAAUAUAAGUUUGGUUUCAUUGCACAAUUGCUUGAAAGAGGUGACAUCCCAUUUAACAUCUGCCGUCUCGACUGUUAUGCCAUUCUAGGAACAUUUGCAUCGGUAGAGUGGAUCGAGAAUAUUCUAAACUCUCCUAAUCUACAACCAUUAAAAUCGGGUACCCAACAACACCUACAAGCUUUCAAAAUGAGUGCAACCACCAAAAAUAUUGAUAAUCAUCAUAAACAAUCAUUUAUAAAAUAUUAUCAACAAAUUAAAUAA